AUGUGUAAGGAGAUGCUGAAGGAUCUAGUCUCCAUUCCCUGUGGACACAGAUACUGCAGACGAUGCAUCUGUAAAUGGGAUUUGUCUGAAUUAGUACAAGUCCAGCAGGCAGAGUUCAGUCCUGUGAAUGCAGACUACUGCUACACUGGACCUGGAGAUGUGGCCUGUGAUUUCUGUACUGAGCUGAGAGCUGUGAAGUCCUGUCUGACCUGCCCUGCCUCCCUCUGUGAGAACCAUGUCAGGCAGCACCACACAAUACCAGCACUGCAGAGACACACACUGGAGGAGGUGACUGGAGACCUGGAGCAGAGACUCUGUCAGCAGCACCACAGAGUUCUGGAGGUGUUCUGUAAAACUGACCAGACAGACAUCUGUAAAGUUUGUGCAGUGGAGGAGCACAAAGGCCACAGUAAACUCUACAGAGGGAUCUCUGGAGUACCAGAUACCGGAAUCCAACUCAAAAUGAAAUUAAAGAAAAUAGAGACAAAAGAACUCAAAUGCUUUAAAAGGGAGCUGAAUGAGGAUUACCCAGGGUGCUUAGGGAGUCAGUGGCAAGACCUUGAUGUGUCUGGUGUUGUUGAGAAAAUGAUAGAAAGCUUUGGAGAAGAAGGUGCAUGGAGGAUCACGUCCUACUUCCUUGAUUCCGCUGUUCCUCUGAGAAAAAUCAAUAAAGCCAAUACAGGAAUACUGAAGGAAAAAUUUAAACAUAUAGUAGAAGGAACUUCAAUACGAGGAAAUUCAGUUCCCUUGAAUGAGAUUUAUACAGAACUCUGCAUCACAGAGGGUGGAAGUGGAAAGGUCAAUACUGAACAUGAGGUCAGACAGAUUGAAAUGACCUCUAAAAGACAAACCACCCAAGAGACAUCAAUCAAACUCAGUGAUAUUUUCAAAACACUUCCUGGGGAAAGUAAACAAAUCAGAACAGUUCUGACAAAGGGGGUUGCUGGAAUUGGAAAGACUGUCUCUGUGCAGAAGUUUAUUCUUGACUGGGCUGAAGGAAAAGCCAAUCAAGAUAUCACAGUCAUAGUCCCUCUGCCUUUCAGGGAUCUUAAUCUGAAGAGAGAGAACUACAGUCUCAUCCAGCUACUUCAUCACUAUGCUCCAGAGCUGAAAGAGAUAAAAGACAUUGAAGAUGAGAAACUAAACUUGCUCUUCAUAUUUGAUGGUCUGGAUGAGUGUCGAUUUUCUCUAGAUUUUCAGAACAAUGAGCUUUGCUGUGAUGUGACAAAGUCAACAUCAGUGGAUGUGCUUCUGACAAACCUCAUCAAAGGGAAUCUGCUUCCCUCUGCUCUCCUCUGGAUAACCUCCCGACCAGCAGCAGCCAAUCAGAUCCCUCCUGAGAGUGUCCACCAGGUCACAGAGAUCCGUGGAUUCAGUGACCCUCAGAAGGAGGAGUAUUUCAGGAAGAGAAUCAGUGAUCAGAGUCUGGCCAGCAGAAUCAUUACACGCAUCAAGUCAUCAAGGAGCCUCCACAUCAUGUGUUACAUACCAGUCUUCUGUUGGCUUUCAGCCACUGUCCUUGAAAAUAUGAUGAGUGAUGCAAGCACUGGUGAAAUACCCAAAACUCUGACUGAGAUGUACACACACUUCCUACUCCUUCAGAUCAGUCUGAAAAAUAAGAAGUACCAUGGAACCACCGUGGAAAACUCAAAGAAGCUGUCUCAGUCAGACAAAGAGAUGAUUCUGAAACUGGGGAAACUGGCUUUCCAACAGCUGGAGAAGGGUAACCUGAUAUUCUAUGAAGAGGACCUGAGAGAAUGUGACAUUGAUGUCAGUGAAGCUUCAGAGUACUCUUCAGUGUGUACAGAGAUCUUUAGAGAGGAGUUGGGAUUGUACAGGGAGAAGGUUUUCUGUUUUGUACAUCUGAGCAUUCAGGAGCAUCUUGCUGCAGUGUAUGCACAUGUUACAUGCAUGAAUGAGAACAGAAAUGUUUUCAGUACGAUGAAAGAAUACCAUUAUCUCUAUGAAUACAGAUGCUCGCUAUCUUACCUACAUCAAAGUGCAGUGGACAAAGCCCUGCAGAGUAAAAAUGGACACUUGGACCUUUUCCUCCGCUUCCUUCUCGGCCUCUCAAAAGAUAGCAACCAGAUUCUCCUACAAGACCUCAUGACAGGAAGCAGCUCAGAAAUUUUAAAGAGCAGCAAUGCAGAAACUAUUCAGACCAUAAAGUGGAGAAUCAGAGAGGAAUCCUCACCAGAGAGGAUCAUCAAUCUGUUCCACUGUCUGAAUGAGCUGAAUGAUAACUCUCUAGUGGAGGAAAUCCAGUCUGCUUUUAGAUCAGGAACUUUGUCAAAUAGAGAGCUGAAACCAGAUCAGUGUUCAGCUCUGGCCUAUAUGUUACUGAUGUCAGAGGAGGUGCUGGAUGAGUUUGACCUGAAGAUGUACAAAACGUCAGCAGCAGGUCAGCACAGGCUGCUCCCAGUACUGAGGACCUGUAGGAGAGCCAGACUGGAUCGCUGUCAAAUCUCAUCAGAAUACUGCAUAACUGUGGCCUCAGCUCUUCAGUUAGUGAACUCACCCCUGGGAGAGCUGGAUCUCAGCUACAAUAACCUGAGAGACUCAGGAAUUAACCUUCUCUCUGUUGGACUGAUGAGUUCAAACUGUAAACUAAGGAAACUGAGACUUGGUGCAUGCAGUCUGACAGAGGUCUGCUGUGCAGAUCUGGCCUCAGUCUUGAGAUCUCCCCACUCUGGCUUGAGAGAACUGGAGCUGAGAGACAAUGACCUGAGGGAUUCAGGAGUAAGACUGCUCUGUGCUGGACUGGGAGAUCCACACUGUAAACUGGAGAAAUUAGGGCUGUCUUUCUGUCUGGUAAAAGAGGAGAGCUGUGCUUCUCUGGCCUCAGCUCUGGAAUCAAACCCCUCACGACUAAAAGAGCUGGAUCUGAGCUAUAAUUACCCAGGAGACUCAGGAGUGAAGCUGCUCUCUUCCAUACUGGAGGAUCCACACAGUAAACUGGAGACACUGAAACUGGAUCAUGGUGGAGAAUGCAGGAUAGAGCCUGGACCAAGAAAAUAUGCCUGCCAACUCACACUGGACCAGAACACAGCACACAGAAAUCUCUUUCUGUCUGAGGGGAACAGGAGAGUGACUGGGACUCCAGCAGAGAAGUCAUAUCCCAAUCAUCGUGACAGAUUUUUGAACAGUUUUCAAAUUCUCUGUAAAGAGGCUCUGACUGAGCGCUGUUACUGGGAGGUGGAGUUUAGUGGAAUAACAGUUACUAUAGGAGCAGCAUAUAAGAUUAUCAAUAGGGCAAAAGAUCUUCUUGGAAUGAAUAGCAGGUCCUUUGGCCUGAUCUACAAGAGGAAUAGAUUCUCUUUCUGGCACAAAGAUAAGAAAACAGAUGUAAUCUCUCCCCACUGCCCUUCCACUAGAGUAGGAGUGUAUCUAGACUGGGUUGCCGGCACGCUGUCCUUCUACAGCAUCUUUAAUGACACACAGACCCUCCUACACACAUUUCACACCACAUUCACUGAGCCCCUCUAUGCAGGAUUUAGGGUCCCCUCUGGUUCCACAGUGACCCUGUGCCAGCUAGAAUAG